AUGGUCAGGACUUGCGGUGCUGCCGAGCAGAUACUGGGCUUCGGCGCAGACCUUGCGGACGACCACCCAGGCUACCAUGAUGAGGCCUACAAAGUCCGGCGAACGAUGUUGGCAGAAGCGGCAAAGCAGCACGUCAUUGGCACGUCUAUUCCGGACGUGGUCUACACCGCCGAGGAAGUGGCCACCUGGAACAUAGUGCUAGAGCAACUGCAGGAUCUCCUGCCGCGCCAUGCCUGCAAGGAAUAUUUGCGCUGCUUGCCACUUUUUAAUUUUCGGCCCGGCAAGGUUCCGCAGCUUGAGGAGAUGAACCGAGUUCUUCGGUCCACCACGGGCUGGAAUAUUCGACCAGUGGCGGGCCUUAUGCACCCGCGCCACUUCCUCGCGGGCCUAGCCUUCAAGCACUUCCAUUCAACACAGUACAUGCGCCACCCCAGCAAGCCCAGCUACACGCCGGAGCCGGAUGUGGUGCACGAGCUCAUAGGUAGGUAUGUAGGUCACGUGCCGAUGCUGGCCGACCCUGCCUUCUGCCGGCUGGUGCAGGCCAUUGGCGCCGCCUCCCUUGGAGCCGACGAUAAGACUAUCUGGCACCUGACCAAGGUUUACUGGUACACAGUGGAGUUCGGGGUGGUGCGGGAGGGGGGCAGCAUCAAGGCCUUUGGAGCAGGCAUCCUAUCUAGCUUUGGUGAGCUGGCCCACAUGGCGUCCGGGGUGGCUGAGCUGCAGCCGCUGGAUCCCUUCCGGCCCCUGCCGCGAAUGUCCUACAAGGACGGGUACCAGAACCGGUACUUUUGCCUCGAUAGCUUCGAGUCGGGGACGCAGCCGCUGCAGGACUAUGCGGCCGCAAUGGCUCUGCCCGACUCGCUGCGGGGCGACCCGUCGAUGGCGUGA